UUCGAGACCUCGCUCAAGUUGGCAGCCGAGGCAGGAUACGGUCCCGGUGCCGGCGGCGGGCUAGGGGGUGGUGUCAACGGUGGCAGGGGAGCCGAGUUCGUCCCCGCCUCCAAGCGGUUGGGUUCGAACCCGGCCGGAAGCACCACCAUGCCAAAGAAGCCACAGCACCUUAGCCUGGCCAGCACCACAUCGGCUGGUAGCAGCAAGCCCAAGUACAGCCUCACCCUGCACAACGGCAAGCACGGCCCUGGCGGGGGCGGAGGCGGUAAAAACCCUCAAGCCGCCACCUUGCAACAGCGGCAACAUGUCAAGGCCCUGCGGCUGACGCGCGAAGCGCCAGAGACUCCGGCCUACAGGCUACCCGCUGGGCUGGCACAAGGAGCCGGACGUUCGCCCUCCGAGGAGGCGGGGGCUGUGCAUCUCAAGGCUGCCAACGGCGAGGAUUCGACUAAGUCAAAUGGAAACGAGAGCACUGCAGGAUGCAGAGGCGAGAAUGGAUCUGGAGGCGGAAUGGCGAACGGAGGUGUCGUCAGGACACAAAACAAAAGGCUGUGGUAUAAUUGAUGAAAACCCCACAUUGAAUGGAUUUGAGCACCGACACUCUACCGGAUAUCUGAUUGAAACGCAACAAGAACAACCAGUUAAUGCAAAUGCUAGAUAAGUUGGGUCUUAGCCCCCCACAAUGCACAAAGAAAAAAAAAACAAAAGCAUCGGAACAAUUAAACCCACUGAGCAAACACUGAGAAACAAAUCGAAUCGAAAACGAAAUCAUUUCGCCUACCAAUCAUUUAUAUAUUGUAGGGCCGAGAAUAUGCCAACGAACGUAUGUAGGUAAUGAAUACUGUCUAGAUAUCACCCUGUAAAUAUUCGAAUAUAGCAAGAAACACUUAAAAAAAGAAAGAAGCUGAAUUUUAAAAAUGAAAAAAUGAAACCCGGUGCAUCGUAGUCAAUGUGCAGAAAUCAUGAGCAAACAAUAUAUAUUGUAUAUGAAUCAAUAAAAUAUUCAAACGAAUUUAAGGUCUAGCAUUUAGCGACAUCAUUUGGUUAUAAAACGAUGAAGGAAAAUAUUAAAAAUUGAGUAAAUAGACAUAGGACUAACUAGAUUAUGAUAAAGUUCAACUGAUUUGUAGUACCUUUUCGAGAAAGAACACUGAAAAUCUGCAAAAACUAUCUCUUUACAUUGCCUGUGAACCUAUACUACCCCUGAUAUAUGCCCAAAGGAUAACUAUCUCAGAACCCCCACACUCAGACACACCAUACACACACCCAUUCUCACAUACUCAAGUUCCCCUGUAAAUUUCUGUGUAUAAACUUAGAAAAGUAUCCGCGAGAUACGUAGAUUGUUUGCUAUAGAUGAAAACGCGAAAGGAAACGUCAACCGAGAAAGGAUUAUGAGGAUGAUGAUGAUACCAGUAUGAUAAAAUUGUAACGGAAUUUAACGGACCAAGAGAGCGUGCAGAGCGACGUCGCCUAAACCAAUUAAAAUGAAGUUUUCAUCAAUGAUUUGUGAUUCAAUAUUCAACUACUUAUAGAGAUGCAGGAGCGAGUAUUUAGUUCUUAUUGCUAACUUUAAUUUAUCGAAACGUACUACCCAAAUGACUCUGACUAUAAAACGAAAGCACUAUGAAUAUUUAAAACGAAACGAAAACAACACGUAUAUUAUAUAUAUUUAAUAAUAAUGGAUAAUCAUGUAUAUGUUCCUUUUUAAUUUAAUGCGCAUAAGUAUCACCAUAAAAUGUAAUACUAGUUAAAAAACAACCGUAGUAGCUUCGUAGUAGUUUAAAAACAAAAAAGCAUCAGCAAAGAUUACAGCGUUUUAUACAAACAGAAGCUUAGGCAAACAAUAGGCGUGUUUCAAAUAGCAUUUAAAGUAAACAAAUAAAACAAAAACACUCCAAACACUGCAAACAAUUUCACGGCGAAAAGUAGUCAACAAACUUAAAAAAAAAAUAAUAGUAGAAAAUUAAAAGAAAAUAAACAAAAAUACAAAAAACACUCGAAAACGCAGACAAAUUAUUCGAAAUGUUUGUGAAACAUUUUUCCAAAGUUUUAACGAGAGAUCGUUAAGCAUUAAAGAUAAACGAGCUAAAAUUAAGCAACAAGUUACAAAAUAUUUCAAAAUAUUUAAUAAAAUUAGGCUCUGAAAAUAAGUCUGUACGUAUUCCUCAACAUUCUGCACAAUUUCUUAACUUUCUAAUCUUCUUUUGCACUUGAUGUUUGCCAACACACUGCCCCACUAAUUCACAAAACAAUGCGAAAAUUCAAUGCGACACUGAGAAAAAAGAAAGUUAUUUUACAGAAAUGACAAAAAUA